AUGGAGAUCCUCCAAUGCGUGGCAAAAGACAAUCGGCGGUCGAUCCUGGCUGAUCCCAUACUAGUCGAAUAUAACCCUGUUUUUGGUAGCUCAGAUCGGCCCGGUCUUCUUCAGUUUUCCUCCCUUCAUAUAGACCGGCCGACCUCACUCCAGCCCACUAAACUUCCCUCCUUUUCCCUGCACGUCAUUCCUUCACUGCGGCACCAUUGCCAAUUUUCUUCUACUGUUGCUUUACAACGACGAAAAGGGCUCCUGCUUUAUAGUGUGCCUUGCUGGCAGCUCCCAGGCCGAUUUCCUCCCCUCCCGAUCGCGUGCUUGCCAUGCUCAGAAGCUCCCGCUACUGAUCCCACAGCCUAUAGUGCAUCACUUGUACCCACAGCCGCCACAGCUUCCUACUCGGAAAUCAAUAGCCACUCUCUUGUCAUAGACCCCACCGCCACGUCGGAUUCCAAAGCAAAAUCUGCUGCACCUACAUUCGGAGCAACUGAAACAGGCUCCGUUGACGAUGGAUCCAUUGAUCAAUCAACCGCAGAUAAAUUGUUCAGUCCAAACGGAGGGCUUUUUGCCGUGGGGAUUGUGAUUAUUGGCUUGGCAGGUACGUCCAUCCCAUCCCAUCCUCCCCCACCAUGUUUUCAUCUCACCAACGAUCAAAAAAAUAAAUUAAAACUACCUAAUCCAGUGCUCACGUUCCUCACAUGCGGGAUCGUAACUAUUCGAUGUAUCCUACGGAACCGCCGACAAUCCCGAACGCGUUCGCGCCUGCAAACAUUGACCGAAAAGAACGUCGCGCGACGAAAGAUUAGUUCAGACCGGGUGUCCGAGUUUUGGUCUGCUGGAGCAAACGAGCCUGCGCGGAGGUGGACUCAGUGGGGGGACGGUCUUCCGGGCAGAGCUAGUGACCUAUCGAACGAUGGGCAGCGUCCACCAGCGAGACCGGCUCGCAGGGGAGAGGCAGAGGCGGACUUGCGUGCUCCAGGUAGGGUUCACUUCACAGCGAGCGUAGCCAUGUCGGAUUACACGGGCCUAUCGGUGGACGUCCAGCCGCAUGGAUCGGCAAGAAGUUCUGGUGCGAAUAUGGAUACUGACAUGGCGAACCCGGUGUCUACAAAUUCGGCAGCAGUACUGCCGAACCCAGUGGUUGCUGGACCAACCAACCGACAUAUGUCCACAGCAACCAAAUUCACCACGUACACGCUCGACCAAGAUCCGUUUGCUGCGUCACCGAUUAUGCCCGUUCCAAAUACUGCAAACCCACUGUUACCACCCGCCCAUGCUAUGACAUUUCCUCCCUAUAGUCCCAGCACACCGCAUACACCCGGAGACCCUUUUGCAGGCUCCCCUCAAUUUGCAGCCGAUUUCAGUUCGUCUCCAUCUAAUAUGGCUACCCUUGGGUCAUCACCCUCUGGUAUGCUCAGUCGUCACUCUUCCCUUGGGUCAUCGAAUAUGCUCGGGCUUGCGUCGUCUCCUUCAAACACACCCUACAUUUCGGCGGACAUGACUCCUCCUCUUGGAACACCUACGUCCGGAGUCAUGUACAAGUCCGGUGUGGACAGUCUGAUUUCAGACCCAUUCGCAUACGAUACUGCACCCGGGUGUGACAUGGACCAACGUCAACUUGGGAGUCGCUUCGCCCCCAACACUACACAUCGAAAGAACCUCGCCAGGCAUCCAAACGAGCCCACUUUCUUCGUCCUACCUGACACCACCCAGCCCACAAUCAGGUUCUCACCUAGGCCUGACGUCCCCAGCCCCAACGCUUCAGACACCACCGCAACCAUCCUUGUUGGGCCUGACCCUCCUCAACAACCACUCGCGUUCCUCCAGUCCGACGUAUCCCAGGCACUAAACAACCUUCGAAGGCGCAUGUCCGACUCGACCAUGGCGACGCGCCAUUCGCAGCAAACCGACUGCCAGUACCGACCGACUCUGGGCGCGAUCCCUGACCGCGACGAAAGAAGCUCUGCAUUCUUCAUGUACAACUCUCCCGCAAGCCCAAGAAGGUCGCUUCCGUUUGUACCCCGAGUGAGAGUAUCGGCAUCUACAGAGCCCGAGAUGCACCAGAUGCAGCCGACCAGAAUUGCUGCGUCCGCAGCAUCGCAGGACGACGAUUCUGUUUACUCGUCCCCUGCAUCGAUGAUUGAUGGUUACCAUCAGAGUCCCAGGAGGCUGUCCGAAUUGAGAUCUGGUUCAGGAACGCAUCCUGGAUCUAGUUUGGGGCCUGUGCUUGGGCUUGGACUUUCUGUUGAUGGAAGUGGGUCCAAUGGUUCCCCUGCACAGUCCAAUUCUGUACGGACAUCGGUGCUAUCGUUCUAUGCGAAGGAUAGCCAUGCAUAG